UCUCAUUUUGAUAAUGCACAGAAGCAGUCGCCAGGAAGCUCUAGCACGAUCGUCUUCUCAUAUUGCAAGCCGCUCGGGGUCAUUGUCCCAUUUAGUAGGGCAGCCUGUCUCAACAUCGCCCACCAAACGGGAAAGAAUCAAUGCUACUAGUGACCUCCGAAAGGCACAAUCCCUCUGGAACAACUCUCAGCCAUCGACUCAUCCAACGACAGCUAGAGACGCACAAGUCACCUUCACUUUCAAGGAUGUUCCACAUGAUCGGCGGUCGGAAGCGAAAGUGGUCUGGACUCGGCACUUCCAGUCAGAGCAGAAUAUGAUUGAGCAGAGAUAUGAGAAUCAGUUGCCUAAAUCAAGCAAGCUCAUCAAAGGAAUGCAGCUUGAAGGUGUUGCAUUUCUACAAUCCGCCUUACAGGGCGUAUUUGAUAAGCUGACCAGAACAGUGGAGCAACUCGGCAAUCAAUUGGAUAAAGGAGAUGCCGAUUACUUGGUGACCCGAUAUUUCAAUGAUUGCAUUCAGAUCUUAGUGGCCUAUCUGCAAAACUGCUCCCUAGACGUGUCCGAGGAAGAAGGUCUCUUAAGAGAUCGAGGAACUUCUGGAGAUUGGAUAAAGUUGAUUGACGCUGUCGUGCUGUGGAAUAAGGUGUACAUGCGUCACCUGGACUUCUUGCGCCAGCGGGACGAGCUCCUGGAACAGUUCACCCAGCAAUUCGAAGAGUCAGAGGAAGAAAAUCUGAUUUUAAAGGAUGUUUUAACUCAUUCUUCUGGUGGUCGUUGUGAAGUUGUCAUUAAGCGAACAUUUGAGGACAAGGCUCGCCCAAAAGCAACGCUACGAAACAAGAGUACCAACGCACCCGAAGAAGGACAUCCUGGGUUUUGUCUCCCUUCAAAGCCAGUCUCUGCUCGCACAGUCAGCGCAUUGGAGCUCCUCGAAAAGGCUGUGCCAUUUGCUUCUGAACGAGGGAUUGACGUGUCAGCAUUGGCUUCCGCGCUCAAAAGUCUGAGCGAGGAGGAUGCAGAACCAAAAGUUGGCACAGCUGCUUCUGCAGCCAAAACAGUAGAAGAGUUGCUGGCAGAGAUAACCAAACCUAUGGCUAAAAUUCGGACGGACCAAGCGCUAUCUCAAAGGUCCACCGCUCCCACGAAGAUGGACUUGAGCGUUCAGACAGCACCAGAUGUUAUUCAAAAGCAUGAUGCUCAAUCCGGCGUGGACAAGCCCAUACCACGUUUUGAAUCCGUGUGCAUCCAAGCUGAUAUGCAACAUCCAGCCGAACAGAAACUGUACGAUGCUGCAAUGCGCAUAAACACUCUGGAAGAGAAGCUUGAACAUGCGUUACGAAAACAUUCCGAAGACCUGACCACCAUCACAAAAAAGGCUGAAAUUGAGCGGCAAACACUUAAGACAGAAUACGAGAUUGAAAAGCACAGGCUCAUGCAAGAAAAGUAUGAACUAACAACUUGGCUGCAAGAUGCAGAGCGCGCCAAGCAGAGUGCUGCGAACACAACUGAGAAGCUCGAAGCAGACAUUGCCAACUUAACAAGAGUGUUGGAUUCAUUGAGCUCACAAAACAACGAGCUCAAUCGUGAGAAGCGUGAGGUGGAGACGUCGAAGGCCGCCCUUGCAGCUGAGCUAGCUACCCUUAAAGGAACGUACGCAUGCAUCGAGGCUCAAUAUCUCACGUCGACAGCAGAUGCAAAGGACUUGAAAGAGAAGGUCGACUCGCUACAGAAAGGCCUGUCCGAAGCACGAAAACAGCUGGCAGACUUGGAAAGGGAGCGAGUCCAGUGGGAAAAAACAGCCAGUGACGCAAUUCAUGCCGAGCGAGCGGCUGUCACACAAUUUCAAGAGAUACAAGAGGAAAUAGCACGAGUGCAAGAUAGUAACCAAAAGCUUUCCGAUUCCAGCCUCGAACUUGAACGGAUGCUACAAAUUGCAAAUGUAAAGAAUAAGGAGCUAACAAAUCUUUUGAACGUCCUGAUGAAAUUUCCGGAUGCCAGUCUGGGACAUGACGUAGCACUUUCAGAUCUUCCACUGGCUGAUGAAGCGGACAAAAUCUUGAAAGAUAUGAUUAAUAGCAACAAUCUUCGGAUAUCGCUACUAGAACAAAAGAACAACGAAUUUCGUGUGCUAAGACUGCAGCAGUCGUCCCGCAUCACUGCCUCCGUCCAGGGGAAGCCAGAGCCGAAAACUGCUCUUUAUGAUAACCAUGCCUUACAACGUGCUACUGAUGCAAUUGUAAUACGGCAUUUAGAAGAACAAGCCGCGAUCAGGGUUGCGGCUGCAGCCGCAGCCGCUACAAAAUCAACGGCAGGCAUUUUGCAGGCAACAGCUGGUGCAAACAUUUCGCGCCCUCGCCCGCAAUCUCCGAGCCCACCUGCCCUUCUAGCAGCUUGGGGCCCAUCCGCAGCAAUGGCUUCCCAACCUUCCGUACCGGAUACGACAAGACAUAGAAGCGCAGGGAUGGGUACGACCAGAUACCCACCAAACCCGGAACUUGAGUCCUUCCCGUCAUCGCCUUCAAAGGCAGAGCGACAGAUACGGCAGUAUCAUGUGACACAUCAGCAUACCGUACCAAGAAAAGAGGCCCAAGGUCCUCCAAUUACCAGAAAGCUUCGUUGGAAUAUACCAUAACCCUCGUAGAAUUUGGUGGGAUCUCCUCAGGCCGGUACAUUUAUGGCCUGCUAUCGAGACAUAGGGCGCCACAAGACGUAGAAAUGCCCGAACAUAUAUAUAUAAAUUACAAUGCGACAACGUACAUAACUUAGACUUUCAAAGUACUCUAUAGUUUUCUCCGUUUUAGACGUAAUAUUUUACUCUUUCCCCCG